AAAAUUCGUAUUCGGUCAUGGAGCUAAAUUUCAGAACGUUUCGUCUGCUGUCCCCGCACAGAAGCUUCUUGAAAGCAGCUGGCAACUGUUUCGUGAGGCUUCGUUGUUUAUCUGGCGGCCGGAAUCCGCCCGCCGAUCCGCCCUGCCAGCACAAGGAUCCGGACUGCCAUGCCGUCGACGACCCAUGUGAGUCGGCACGCAAUGUCUUCAAGCACGUGCUGCCCUUCGAUAAAAACAUGCAGCGACAGCGGCAGCAGAAUCUGCUCGAGAGGCCCUGCUGUGUCUCACGCUUGGCGGCCAAGGCGCCCUGUCCGGCCCAGCCCUGCCCCUGGAAUAAGCGCAUCCGGGAGCAGGAUGUGGAGAAGCCGCCGUUUCGGUCCAUGUGGGAGCCACACUUCGGUCCUGCGCGCUCGAACUGCAAAGGCCGCUUUCCGCGCUUCGAUGCCAUCUACUACGAGCCGUCGGACAAGACCCGAAUGUAUCAGCGCACCUGGAGCGAAUGUCCGCCAGUGAAGGAGCGCCUGAAGAAGGUGUGCUGCCUGGAUGGCAUUCAGCCGCCAGAGGUGCUGAAGCGUGUCAAAGAGCCCUGCCCCCUCGUGACCUGCAGAUUCGACUAUUCGCGCAUGCGCCACAUCUGCGAGAACGCCAUAAUCGACCCGACCUCAAAGUGCUGCAAGAUCCACUGGCCCUGCUGCAAGCCGGCGCGCUGCACCGUGGACUGUCGUCCCACCAGAAAGAGGGAGCACUGCAAGAGGCUACGAGCGCCCCAUCCCUGCUUCUCGGACAUGUACCGAGUGGCCAGAGCUCGACGCUCUAUUGAGUGCCCCCUGGGCAACUGGUCAAUGUGCGAGGGCAUUCGGCUGCAAAUCAGACGCGAUACCUACGGCCUAAAGGGCUCUUACUGCUAAAGCCGGCAGCUAUGACCAGGAUCCAUGUAUGAACUCAGUCCGCAUGGCCUGACAACACCACUGAUCCUGGACAUGGCUGUCAAUUAGCAGGCGAGCCCAGCCUAGGCUAGCCUUAAUUCCCAAGUCGAGAGUCU